GCUGUCCGAAUAGCCCCGGUAGCAGCAAUGGACAUGGCGGCUGCUUGUGCUGGUGCCCUGGUGGUCGCCCUGGGGUUGCUCAGUGCCUGUGCAGCUAGUGGCUCCGGGCCGGUGGAGCAGGGGGAGGCUGUCGAGGAGGCAGAGUGGGCGGAACCAUGGGAUGGCGCGGUUUUCCGGCCGCCCUCGGCUCUGGGCGCCGUGGGGGUGGCGCACAGCCCUGGGACCCCGUGGCCGGGCAGGAAGGAGGUGGGGGACCUGCCGGUGCUUCUGUGGUGGAGCCCCGGGCUGUUUCCCCACUUCCCGGGAGACUCGGAGCGCAUCGAGUGCGCGCGCGGGGCGUGCGUGGCGUCCCGGGACCGUCGUGUGCGUGGGCACCCGCAGACCCGAGCGCUGCUCUUCUACGGCACCGACUUCCGCGCGUCCGAGGCGCCGCUGCCGCGCCUAGCCCACCAGAGUUGGGCACUCCUCCACGAGGAGUCGCCCCUCAACAACUUCUUGCUGAGCCACGGCCCGGGCAUCCGUCUUUUCAAUCUUACCGCCACCUUCAGCCGCCACUCGGACUACCCGCUGCCACUGCAGUGGUUGCCCGGGGCCGCCUACCUGCGCCGCGCGCCGCUGCCACUCCGGGAGCGCGCCGAGUGGCGCCGCCGCGGUCACGCGCCGCUGCUCUACCUGCAGUCCCACUGCGACGUGCCCGCGGACCGGGACCGCUACGUGCGCGAGCUCAUGCGCCACAUCCCGGUGGACUCGUACGGGAAGUGCCUGCAGAAUCGGGAGCUGCCCACCACGCGCUUGCGGGACACAGCCACAGCCACCACCGAGGAUCCGGAGCUCUUGGCCUUCUUGUCCCGCUAUAAGUUCCACCUGGCCCUGGAAAAUGCCAUCUGCAACGACUACAUGACCGAGAAACUGUGGCGCCCCAUGCACCUGGGUGCCGUGCCCGUGUACCGCGGCUCUCCCUCGGUGAGGGACUGGAUGCCCAACAAUCACUCGAUCAUACUGAUUGACGACUUCGAGUCUCCUCAGAAGCUGGCAGAAUUUAUUGACUUUCUGGACAAAAACGAUGAGGAGUAUAUGAAAUUCCUGGAGUACAAGCAGCCCGGGGGCAUCACCAACCAGUUCCUUCUAGAUAGCCUGGAGCGCCGGGAGUGGGGCGUCAACGACCCUCUGCUGCCCAACUACCUCAAUGGCUUCGAGUGCUUCGUCUGUGACCACGAACUAGCCCGGCUGGACGCCGAGAAAGCCCACACAGCCUCUCCGGGGGAUGUCCCUUCCCCGGAGCCUCACAUUGCCCAGCCCUCACACAUGAACUGCCCAGUGCCCACACCUGGCUUUGGCAGUGUGGAAGACAUUCCUGAGAAUGACAGCUGGAAAGAGAUGUGGCUGCAAGAUUACUGGCAAGGUCUGGACCAGGGAGAAGCUCUUACUGCCAUGAUCCACAACAAUGAAACACAGCAGAGCAAGUUUUGGGAUUACUUACAUGAGAUCUUUGUGAAAAGGAACCAAAAUCUCUAAUGGCUCUUGCAACUUGGAACUGGUUUAACUUGGAAGACCUAAGAUUUUAUUCUAUCAUGGCCCAUAAGGAAUAUCCAUUGCACAAGCCCUUGGUAUUGUCUUAUUAUGGAUUGAGUUUUAAUGUUUUUCUUGACAUAUUGGAGGGUUUGAAGAUAUUAGGUGUUUUAUCACUGAACUAUACUACUUUAUCAUAGUGAUGUAUAAUUAAGGUCUCAGCCUUGGUAACAGGAGAGUGGAGGCAUGCCAUUCUUGGUUCAAUGGGAAUCAGAAGCCUGAACCACCUAUUUGAUUCAAGGUGCUGACCCAAUAGAAUUUUUAAAGAACUUAAAAUUAACACUUCUCUGGUUUAUUGCAUCCUUUCCCAAUUGUGGGACAGAGGGGCCACAUUCUGACUUAGUACCCUA